CGCGCGACGCGGAACUAAUAACUUAUGAGUGAAACAUGUCUGUGUCAAGCAGCUCCUACAAACCUGUGAGCCAUGUCCUUUUCGAUAUGGAUGGAUUAUUAUUAGACACAGAGCGACUGUACACUGUGUCCUUCCAGGAAAUAUGUGACCGCUUUGGAAAGCAGUACACAUGGGACGUGAAGUCGUCAGUGAUGGGUAAAAAGGCGCUGGAAGCUUGCCAAAUUAUUCGGGACACUUUAGAGCUUCCACUGACAGCUGAGGAACUCCUGGCUGAAAGCAGGCAAAUACAAGAAAGGAUCUUUCCCUUUGCCAAACUCAUGCCAGGUGUGGAGAAACUGGUGCACCAUCUGCAGAAGCACAACAUCCCCAUUGCAGUAGCAACCAGCUCAGCUGGUGCAACGUUCAAGUUGAAGACGAGCCAACACAAAGACUUCUUCAGUCUGUUUGACCACAUUGUUCUGGGUGACGAUCCCGAGGUAAAGAACAGCAAACCUCAACCUGACUCCUUCCUUGUCUGUGCCAGAAGAUUCAGCCCUCCAGCUUCUCAAGAGAAGUGCUUGGUGUUUGAAGACGCUCCCAACGGCGUGAAAGCGGCGCUGGCUGCGGGCAUGCAGGUGGUGAUGAUUCCUGACGACAACCUGGACCCCAGCCUUACCCAGGAGGCCACGCUGCGAUUCAGGAGCCUGGAGGAGUUUGAGCCGCAGCUCUUCGGCCUGCCGGCGUUCGACUGAGCCAGAAAACCAAAUCCAGUGUAAUUCAAUCUUUGUGUCUCACCCCAUUCUCAUAUCAAUUAUGAACAAAGUUGAUUGUUUUCAAGAAUGCCUUACCAUUUUGUGGGUGAAUAUCGAUAAUUGUUUUUAGCACCAGGAAAUCACAUUUGAUUUGAUUGUGAUUGAGACAUCACAUCAUUGGGGGAAAAACCAUGAAUCUGUCUCUAUCUCAAUCUGUCAAAUUUUAUAAAAUGUUUUAUUCAUAUGGUUAGACAUAGUUGAGGUUUAUAGAUAUUCACCUCCUAAACAUCUGCCACCAUGCUAAUACAAGAGAGGUUAAGAGCUCCAGGGUUGAGUGGGUCCCCAUUUUGUUUAUCUCGUCCACCUGGGUGACAUAAUACACAGCCCUGCAACUGGUUUUGCACUGAUCUACAGGUGGCAGUAUCACACCAAAUAAAACAAUACAAAUAUAACAAAGUCAUUGAAGAAGAAGACAAAGCUGGAUUUAAAAAAUUUUAAAAAAAUUGGUUUUGCAAAUGUUUUACAGGGAAGGACACACAGAAAGCUCUACUGUCAUUGGUUAUCCUGCACUGUCAAUCAUAAGUGUGCACUUCCAAAUGAACAGCCCUAUCUAAAGCCAGUGUUUGGUUUGACCAUUCCGGGCUACUGUAGAAAAAUGGUGGUCAACAUGGCGGACUCCAUGGAAGAAGACCCGCUCUCUCUGUAGAUAUAAACAGCUUAUUCUAAGGUAACAAAAACACAACAAUAACAAGUGAUUAUACACUACCAUACAGUGGCAAGAAAAAGUAUGUGAACCUUUUGGAAUUUCAUUGUUUUCUGAAUAAAUUUGUCAUAAAAUGUGAUCUGAUCUUCAUCUAAGUCAAACAAACAUAAUGUGUCUAAAAAUAAUAACACAAAAAAUUCUGA